UGGAGUGGGGAAAUAGGACGGGAAUGGAUGCCCCAUUCGGUCCUCGCGCCAGGCGGCGGUUGGAAGACCCUCGCGCCUCGGAAUGGGCGGUCGCUUUGUUCCGAUGGAGCCGGAGCGCGUGAGGGAUGGAUGAAGUGUCUUUUAUGAAUAAUCCAAAGCAGCAGAAGCCAACGCUAACUGGCCAGCGUUUUAAAACUAGGAAAAGAGAUGAAAAAGAGAAGUUUGAGCCUACUCAGUUCCAAGAUUCUAUUAUCCAAGGUUUGAAUGAAAAUGGCAGUGAUCUGGAGGCUGUAGCAAAGUUUCUUGACUCUUCGGGAGCAAAGCUCGAUUACCGUCGCUAUGCUGAAACCUUAUUUGAUAUCCUGGUGGCCGGUGGGAUGCUGGCUCCAGGUGGUACCCUUGCUGAUAACGUGACCCGUACCGAUGUCUGUGUGUUUGCUGCUCAAGAAAACCUAGAGACCAUACGUGCAUAUGCUCAGGUGUUUAAUAAGCUGAUCAGGCGUUACAAAUACCUGGAGAGAGGAUUUGAAGAGGAAAUAAAAAAGCUGCUGCUGUUCUUGAAGGGUUUUACGGAGUCUGAACGAACCAAGCUAGCCAUGUUGACUGGGAUUUUGUUAGGAAAUGGAACUUUAUCAUCCUCUAUUCUGAGCAGCCUCUUCAAUGAAAACUUGGUCAAAGAAGGUGUUUCUGCAGCAUUUGCUGUCAAACUAUUUAAAUCUUGGAUAUCUGAAAAGGACAUAAAUGCAGUGGCUGGGAGUCUUCGAAAGGUCAACAUGGACAAUAGAUUACUAGAAUUGUUCCCAGCUAAUAAACAGAGUUAUGAUCAUUUCGUUAAGUACUUUACUGAUGCAGGGCUGAAGGAACUUGCGGACUUUGUCCGUAGCCAGCAAUCUCUUGGUGCACGGAAGGAGCUGCAGAAGGAACUCCAAGACCAAAUGGCCCGUGGUGAUCCCCUCAAAGAGAUCAUAAGUUAUGCCAAAGAAGAGAUGAAGAAAAAUAGUAUCUCUGAGCAGACCAUGAUAAGCAUUGUCUGGAGCUGUGUGAUGGGUGCAGUGGAAUGGAACAAGAAAGAAGAAUUGCUAACAGAACAAGCCAUUAAGCACUUAAAGCAAUACAGCCCUCUCCUUUCUGCCUUCACUGUCCAAGGUCAGUCUGAGCUGACUUUGCUGCUGAAGAUUCAGGAAUACUGUUAUGACAACAUUCAAUUCAUGAAGGCCUUUCAGAAAAUCGUAGUGCUUUUCUAUAAAGCUGAUGUUCUGAGUGAAGAAGCCAUCCUGAAAUGGUACCGAGAGCCAAAUAUGGCAAAGGGAAGGAGCAUCUUUCUGGAGCAGAUGAAGAAGUUUGUUGAGUGGCUCAAGAAUGCUGAAGAAGAAUCUGAGUCUGAAAGUGAAGAGGACUGAAUUUGGACGAAUGUCAAUUGAAAUCAUGUUCUGUAUUUUUAAUAAACCACAGGGGUUGUAGAAUUGAAUUUCAGAGUUCAGAAAUUGUCUUGAUUUGGCAUUCUACCUCCUGUAUUUUCUACUGUAAUAUCUAAAUGUAAAUUAAGGGCUUUACAGUGAUCACACUGGUUUGUUUUAAUUCUGUUUUCUAUAUAAUAAAGUUAUUGCAGACAUGUUCUGACUUCAAAUUAUCAGCUAUAAAAGUCCGUUACAGUUUUGAACGGUUGGGUUUUUUUUAAUUCAUCAUGAUGAA